CCAUUAGAAAUGCUAGACAUGCAAGAGCCAUUGAGAGAAGUGAGAGAUGGGUAUCUGAUAUCUCUAAAUUUGGGGACACCCCCACAAGUUAUCCAAGUGUACUUGGACACUGGAAGUGACCUUACUUGGGUUCCUUGUGGUAACCUCACUUUUGAUUGUAUGGACUGUGAUGACUAUAGAAACUAUAGGGCAAUGGCCACAUUCUCUCCUUUUCAGUCCUCUUCAGCCCUUAGAGACCUAUGUACUAGCACCUUCUGUGUCGAAGUCCACAGUUCCGAUAACUCUUAUGAUCCAUGUACUAUUGCCGGUUGCUCGUUGAGUACCCUUCUCGGUGGUUCCUGCCGUAGACCUUGUCCUUCAUUUUCUUACACCUAUGGUGCAGGUGGGAUUGUCAUUGGGUCCCUGACUAGGGAUACCCUCAGGGUGCAUGGGAGUAGUUCUAAUGUUUUUAGGGAUAUUCCAAAUUUUAUUUUUGGAUGUGUAGGAGUGACCUAUAGAGAACCCAUUGGAAUUGCAGGGUUUGGUAGGGGUACACUCUCUCUCCCCUCACAACUUGGGUUACUUCAAAAGGGUUUCUCUCAUUGCUUCUUGGCAUUCAAGUUUGCAAACAACCCUAACAUUUCUAGCCCAUUGGUCAUAGGAGAAAUUGCAAUCUCUUCCCAAGACAAUUUCGAAUUUACACCGAUGUUGAGAAGUCCUAUGUAUCCUAACUAUUACUAUAUUGGCCUAGAAGCAAUCACUGUAGGCAAUAUGAGCACCAUUGAAGUCCCCUCAAGCUUACGGGUUUUCGAUUCCGAAGGUAAUGGCGGCUUGUUGAUUGAUUCAGGCACCACUUACACUCACUUGCCGGAACCCUUCUAUACACAACUCAUCUCAGUACUCCAAUCAGUUAUAACUCUCCCUCGAUCAACCGAUAUAGAGACAAGAACCGGGUUCAAUCUCUGUUACAAAGUUCCUUACUUAAGCAACAAAACAGCUUUAGAUGAUCUUCUUCCUUCAAUUUCUUUCCAUUUCUUGAACAAUGUAACCCUAGUGUUGCCCAAGGAAAACUACUUCUAUGCAAUGGGUCCUCCAAGUAACUCAACUGUGGUGAAAUGCUUCUUGUUCCAAAGCAUGGAUGAUGGUGACUAUGGGCCAUCUGGAGUCUUUGGGAACUUUCAGCAGCAAAAUGUGGAAGUCGUCUAUGACUUAGAAAAUGAGAGAGUUGGGUUCCAACCCAUGGACUGUGCUUAUUCUGCAGCUUCUCAAGGACUUCAUCAGAAGUAAUAUUUUGACUCAAGUAUGACAGCGGAUAGGGUUGUUCGGAAG